AUGGACAAGCCAGAAAGAAACGAAAACCAAGCGGUUCCUUGGAGUGAGGUGAAGAAGCACACUUCAGUGUCAGAUAGGUGGAUUGUUAUUGAAAACAGCGUUUAUGACGUGACUCACUGGCAGUAUCGUCAUCCUGGUGGAAGGACGAUCCUCGGACAUUUUGGUGGUCAAGAUGCCACAGAAGCGUUUCGGGCACUUCACAAAAAUCCUGAGGAAGUUAAAAAACAUCUAAAGCCACUCUAUGUGGCUGAAGUUGAUCAAAACACUGCUGAUCCAAAAGAGGCGGACGAUUUAGCCAAACGCGCAGCGUACGUACAGGAUUUUGAAGAGCUUCGGAAAAAAAUGCAUGAACUGGGAUUUUUCAAAACAAACGUGUCGUUUUUCCUUCUAACGCUUCUGCAAAUAUUUGUACUUGAAGCUCUCGCCUACAUGAAUCUACGCUUCUUUGGGGUCAGUUGGUUUCGGAUCGUUCUCUCAGUUAUCUUAUACACCGUGUCCCAAUCUCAAGCCACUUGGCUUCAGCACGACUUUGGACACUUUUCAGUGUUCAAAACUACAAAGAUGAAUCACUUGUUUCAUGAAAUUGUCCUCGGUCUGACAAAGGGCUCUUCAUGUCACUGGUGGAACUAUGCACAUUCACAGCAUCACGCGAAGCCCAACGUGAUCGACAAGGAUCCUGAUAUUCGCUGGGAGCCGAUGCUUGUUCUCGGUGACGUAAUGCCCGUCCGAGCAGCGUCUAGACACAAUAAGUGGAAAUUUCACCUACCGUAUGAAUAUCAAGCUAGCUACUUCUUUUUGGUUUGCCCACCUCUCCUACUUCCUGUCAUCUUCCAAUCCAUGUCUUUACGACAUAUUUUUUUACGGAGAUGUUAUGAGGACUUCACCUGGGUGCUGGCCUUUUACAUCAAGCUGUUUAUCCUGUACUAUCCACUUUUUGGAUUUUGGGGUACAGUGGCCUAUUUCUAUGGUGUUCGUGUCGUUGAAAGUCACUGGUUCGCAUGGGUCACUCAGUCAAGUCACGUACCGAUGGAGAUUUCGUAUGACCGGAAUGAACCUUGGCUGCUCACGCAAAUCAAGGCUACCUGCGAUAUGGAACAUUCUGUUCUCAACGACUGGAUCACAGGUCACGUGAACUUCCAAAUAGAACAUCAGUCGAUUUCAAGAUCAGCUGAAUUGUGGAAAAUGGCCAAGAGGAACCAAAAUUCAAUCUAACAAAGUUCUGGCGCAGCUUCAAGAUCCAACGCCCUGUCAUGUUGACGCAU